CGUAUUGACGUAACGCGCAUGCGGCGUGCUAGGCUGCUGAAAGAAAGAGGGAGGGUGAACAGAGAAAUUGAGCCGAGGUAGCGGCGGGAACGACCCGGUGUUCCCGGCAAUAGUUGGCAAGAGACGGCAGAAGGAUCCGGGGGCAAGUUAGCAGUGCAGCACGUUUGAAUUCAGCGUCCGGUUUGCAGUGACUGGAUCUUCUCUCUGCUGUGAUGUCUACCCCAGACCCUCCAAUGGGGGGCACUCCCCGGCCUGUUCCUUCUCCUGGGCCAGGGCCUUCUCCUGGAGCUAUGCUUGGCCCCAGUCCAGGACCCUCUCCUGGCUCCGCACACAGCAUGAUGGGACCAAGCCCUGGGCCACCUAUUCCCCCACAGGGGCCUGCUGGGUACCCACCUGAAAAUAUGCACCAGAUGCAUAAGCCAAUGGAUUCCAUGCAUGACAAAGCAAUGCCUGAAGACCCCCGUUACAAUCAGAUGAAGGGUAUGGGCAUGAGACCCGGGGGUCACUCUGGGAUGGGGCCUCCACCUAGUCCUAUGGACCAGCACUCCCAAGGAUACCCAUCUCCUUUGGGCAACUCUGAGCAUGUGUCCAGCCCUGUACCCUCUAAUGGUCCUCCAUCUGGUCCUCCAAUGCCUUCAGGGCCAUCAGCAGUGACAAUGGAGAACUCUGACCCACAGCAGCAGGCGAGCCGAAGUCCUACUCCCUUCAACCAGAACCAGCUGCACCAGUUACGGGCUCAGAUAAUGGCUUACAAAAUGCUGGCCAGGGGGCAACCUUUACCCGACCACCUUCAGAUGGCAGUGCAAGGAAAAAGACCCAUGCCUGGGAUACAACAACAGAUGCCAACACUACCUCCACCUGCUGCUUCAGGAACCGGCACUGGUCCUGCUCCAGGUCCAGUGCCCCCUAAUUACAACAGACCUCAUGUUCUACUAGGAAUGGCUGGUCCUACUAUGCCACCUCCUGGCCCAUCAGGAGCUCCUCCUGGAAUGCCUGGCCACCCUGUUGGUGCUCCACCUAAGCCUUGGCCUGAAGGUCCCUUGGCUAAUGCAGCUGCUCCUGCCGCUGCUCCCCAGAAGCUAAUUCCUCCACAGCCUACAGGCCGCCCUUCCCCUGCUCCUCCUGCUGUGCCUCCUGCUGCCUCCCCAGUAAUGCCACCACAAACACAGUCUCCAGGCCAGCCUGCUCAGCCUCCUCCCAUAGUACAGUUUCACCCAAAGCCCAACCGUAUCACUCCCAUACAGAAACCCCGAGGCCUGGAUCCUGUGGAGGUGCUACAGGAAAGGGAGUACAGACUGCAGGCGAGAAUUGCACACAGGAUCCAGGAACUGGAAAAUCUUCCUGGUUCUUUGCCUGGUGACCUAAGGACCAAAGCUACCAUAGAGCUGAAAGCUUUAAGGCUCCUCAAUUUUCAGAGACAACUGCGGCAAGAAGUGGUGGUCUGCAUGCGGAGGGACACUGCCCUCGAGACUGCCCUAAAUGCAAAGGCCUACAAACGCAGCAAGCGGCAGUCCUUGCGCGAAGCACGUAUCACAGAAAAACUGGAAAAGCAGCAGAAGAUUGAACAGGAGCGCAAGAGGAGGCAAAAGCACCAGGAGUAUCUAAACAGCAUCCUCCAACAUGCCAAGGACUUCAAGGAAUUCCAUCGUUCAGUCACAGGGAAGAUCCAAAAACUGACAAAGGCUGUAUCCACUUACCACGCCAACACAGAAAGAGAACAGAAGAAGGAGAAUGAAAGAAUCGAGAAGGAGAGAAUGCGCAGGCUCAUGGCUGAGGAUGAAGAGGGCUAUAGGAAGCUGAUCGAUCAGAAGAAAGACAAGCGUCUGGCCUACCUCCUGCAACAGACAGACGAGUAUGUAGGAAAUCUGACAGAAUUGGUGCGACAACACAAGGCGGUCCAAGCCCUCAAAGAGAAGAAGAGAAGGAAAAAGAAAAAGGUGCAAGAGAGUGCAGAAGGACAGCAGCCUACACUUGGACCAGAUGGAGAGCCACUGGAUGAGACCAGCCAGAUGAGCGACCUCCCAGUCAAACUGAUCCAUGUGGAUAGUGGAAAGAUCUUGAUUGGCGCUGAUGCACCAAAGGCUGGACAGCUGGAUGCGUGGCUUGAAAUGAACCCUGGGUAUGAAGUUGCACCACGGUCUGAUAGCGAGGAGAGUGGAUCAGAAGAGGAAGAAGAGGAAGAAGAGGAGGAGCAACAGCAGCCUUCUGUCCCUACCCUGCUGCCUGUGGAUGAGGGCAAAAAAAUCACUGACCCAGACAGUGACGAUGUGUCUGAGGUUCAUGCACGAGCAAUAAUAGCUAAUGCCCGCCAGGAUGUGGAUGAUGAGUACGGUAUACCACAGACCCCAAUCUGUGGCCUCCAGUCUUACUAUGCAGUGGCGCACGCAGUAAGUGAGAAGGUGGAGAAGCAGUCAACCCUGUUAGUGAAUGGUAUCCUGAAACAGUAUCAGAUUAAGGGCCUGGAGUGGCUGGUCUCACUUUACAACAAUAACCUGAAUGGGAUCCUUGCCGAUGAGAUGGGUCUGGGAAAGACUAUUCAGACCAUUGCUCUGAUUACAUACCUCAUGGAACACAAGCGCAUCAACGGGCCCUUCCUCAUCAUUGUGCCAUUGUCGACUUUAUCCAACUGGGUUUAUGAGUUUGACAAGUGGGGUCCGUCAGUGGUGAAAGUCUCCUACAAGGGCUCUCCUAUUGCUCGCCGUGCUUUUGUUCCCACACUUCGCAGUGGGAAAUUCAACGUCCUCCUCACUACAUACGAGUACAUUAUUAAAGAUAAGCACAUGCUAGCCAAGAUCCGCUGGAAAUACAUGAUUGUGGAUGAAGGCCAUCGAAUGAAGAACCAUCACUGCAAACUUACACAGGUCUUGAACACACACUACGUAGCCCCCCGGCGCUUGCUUCUCACUGGUACCCCACUGCAGAACAAGCUUCCCGAGCUCUGGGCUCUUCUCAACUUCCUUCUCCCAACCAUAUUCAAGAGCUGCAGCACUUUUGAGCAGUGGUUUAAUGCCCCCUUUGCAAUGACUGGAGAGAAGGUGGAUCUAAAUGAGGAAGAAACAAUUCUUAUUAUCCGCCGUCUCCAUAAAGUCCUUCGUCCCUUCUUGCUACGUAGGCUUAAAAAAGAAGUGGAAGCUCAGCUGCCAGAAAAGGUGGAAUAUGUUAUCAAGUGCGACAUGUCUGCGUUACAGCGUGUUCUGUACAGACACAUGCAAGGCAAAGGGGUGCUGCUCACAGAUGGGUCUGAGAAGGAUAAAAAGGGCAAGGGAGGCACCAAGACCCUCAUGAACACCAUCAUGCAGCUGAGGAAGAUCUGUAACCAUCCAUACAUAUUCCAGCAAAUAGAGGAGUCGUUUUCAGAACACUUGGGAUUCACAGGAGGAAUUGUACAGGGGCAAGAUGUCUACCGGGCGUCUGGGAAGUUUGAGCUGUUAGAUCGGAUACUGCCCAAGCUGAGAGCCACCAAGCACAAGGUUCUGCUCUUUUGCCAGAUGACCAUGCUGAUGACCAUCAUGGAAGAUUACUUUGCUUACCGUGGCUUUAAAUACCUCCGAUUGGAUGGCACCACUAAAGCAGAUGACCGUGGAAUGUUAUUGAAAUCCUUUAAUGAGCCUGAUUCUGAUUACUUUAUCUUUCUGCUCAGCACACGUGCUGGGGGUCUGGGCUUAAACCUUCAGUCUGCAGACACUGUUAUCAUAUUUGAUAGUGACUGGAACCCACAUCAGGAUUUACAGGCUCAGGACCGAGCUCACCGAAUCGGGCAGCAGAAUGAGGUGCGAGUGCUGCGCUUGUGUACUGUGAACAGCGUGGAAGAAAAGAUUCUGGCCGCAGCAAAGUAUAAACUUAACGUGGACCAAAAGGUUAUCCAGGCCGGAAUGUUCGACCAGAAAUCCUCCAGCCAUGAACGCAAGGCCUUCCUGCAGGCCAUUUUGGAGCACGAAGAGCAAGAUGAGGAGGAAGAUGAGGUGCCAGAUGAUGAAACUGUGAACCAGAUGAUUGCACGUCACGAGGAAGAGUUCGACCUUUUCAUGCGCAUGGAUCUGGACAGGAGAAGAGAGGAAGCCCGUAAUCCCAAACGCAGACCUCGCCUCAUGGAGGAAGAUGAACUGCCGUCCUGGAUCAUUAAAGACGAUGCAGAGGUGGAGCGCCUCACUUGCGAAGAAGAAGAAGAAAAGAUGUUUGGCCGCGGCUCUCGUAACCGCAAGGAGGUGGAUUAUAGCGACUCGCUCACAGAAAAGCAGUGGCUGAAGACUGCGCAGGCCAUAGAGGAGGGGACUCUAGAUGAGAUUGAGGAGGAAGUGCGGCAUAAGAAAACAACUCGCAAGAGGAAGAGAGACAUCGAUCCCUGUAUGGUAACGCCAACCACAAGCACACGGGGCAGGGAGAGGGAUGAUGAGGGCAAGAAACAGAAGAAGAGGGGAAGACCCCCAGCCGAGAAACUAUCUCCAAACCCCCCAAAACUCACCAAGAAGAUGAAGAAGAUUGUGGAUGCCGUCAUAAAGUACAAAGACAGUUCUAAUGCUCGCCAGCUGAGCGAAGUGUUUAUUCAGUUGCCAUCACGUAAGGAACUCCCCGAGUACUACGAGCUCAUUCGUAAGCCAGUGGACUUUAGAAAGAUCAAGGAGAGGAUCCGAAAUCACAAGUACCGAAGCCUGAACGAUCUGGAGAAAGAUGUCAUGCUGCUGUGUCAGAAUGCUCAGACCUUCAACCUGGAGGGCUCCUUGAUCUACGAAGACUCGAUUGUGCUCCAGUCUGUGUUCACCAGUGUGAGGCAGAAGAUCGAGAAGGAAGAGGAGAGCGAGGGAGAUGAUAGUGAGGAAGAGGAGGAAGUGGAAGAAGAAGGCUCAGAGUCAGAGUCGCGCUCCAUGAAGGUCAAGAUAAAAUUGGGGCGCAAGGAGAAAGGUCAGGAGAGGAUGAAGGGACGCAGGCGAACCGGCCGAGGGUGCAGAGCCAAGCCAGUGAUCAGCGAUGAUGAUAGCGAGGAAGAACAAGAGGAGGCCAAUGAGCGCUCAGGAAGCGGAAGUGAAGAAGACUGAAGUAGAAUCCCAUAACAUUCCUUUAACCCCACGUCUCAUUCCACAGACACUGGAACGCCUAUUCCAAACACUCGGAAGUCCCAUGCACCCCCUAAGCGUCCCGCCUCUCGGAACCCUCCCCUUUCUGUGGGCCGCUAACGGGUACUAGUCAGAAAUGUAGUGAAAUGUACAAAAUAAAAUUCUUCCAUAUUUAUAUAAAUGAUGAGAUUUAGGGACGUACCCGUCUGUAGCAGCUUAUAAAGACAAAAGCAUUAACGAUCUGGCCCGACUGCUCGGCCUCUUGGGUAAAAAACAUUGACUUUUGAUUAUAUAUGAAUAUAUAUAUAUUUUUUUUUUAUGGCAGUACUGUUUGCGUUACAGUAUGAAUCACUGUAGUGUCGGUCCCGUGGAUGCAUGCAGUUAGCAAUCCACCCUUUUAGUACUGUAUUUUACAAAAAAAACAUCAAAAUAAAGCCCAGCGUCCUGCCCCGUCUCUCGCGCUGCGCAGGGAGGGGGCGGGGCUUACCGCGGUAGCUCUAUGUAUGUGUGUCAGUGUCACUGGAUUUCAAACCGAUAUAAAUUAAACCCAAGAUGGAAAACCUC